AUGUGGGCAAUGCUCCGUCAGCGCAAGCAGGGAGAGAUCUCGCUAUCGCUGGCAGGGCCGAAGAGUCGCACAUCAGCACCCAACGGAUUAAAGCGAUCCCAUGCCGCCGCGCUUGAUGACGAGGAGGAGCAAGAGAGUGAAAGAUAUGGGCGGGCACAAAGAGUUUCGCACUUUGAUCGUGCUGCAGGCGGCGCGAUCGACGAGAACAAUAAGAAGGACGAGUCGCCGCUGAUCAUUCCACGACAAUCGAAUCGUGACUGGCGCGAUGCUGCGCAGCAGCGCAGCAGGCAGAGGCCCCAGCAUUCGACACAACAAGCAGCGACAGCGCAAACCAACCAGAUGAACGCAGUGGAGGCGAAUCGUCCUGCCUUCGGGUUGAAUGUCUUUGCGACAGAAGCUGCAGCCACGGCGUCAGCGUCGAGCGCCGAUGCGACUGAAUCGGACAUAGCUCAUUCCAUACAAAACGUGCCCUCCGAGGCCGCUCACGCAAGUGUGAAUGCACCUGUACGCCCAAGGACUGAUGACGAGGUUGCACUGGAUGCGCUACUAGGUCGCACGGUGGAGGACACAUCGCUUGUUCUUCCGCAAGCGACAGCGGCCACAAGUGAGUCGGAUGCCUUCCGGAACGACUUCUCCCGCGCGCCGCCCAUGGCCUCGCUCGACGACUACGCACGAGUCCCGGUGGAGCAAUUCGGCGCUGCACUCCUGCGCGGCAUGGGCUGGAAAGACGGGGAAGGGCUUGGCUCGCAGAAGGGUCAGAAAAUUGUGAAGACGGCCGUGAAACCACCUGAGCGUCGUGGAGCACUGCUGGGCAUCGGUGCGAAGGAGGAUGCCGCCAUCGCGCAAGAGAUUGGAGCAUGGGGCAAGGCCGCGAAGGGCGGUAAAGGAGAGAUCAAAAUCUACAAUCCUGUUCUGCUAAGGGAUAAACAGACAGGCGAGUUGUUUACCGAGGAGGAAUUGCAACGCAAGAAGGAGAGGGAAGAACGCGAGAAACACGAGAGGGACUUCGAUCGCAAGGAGAAGGACCGGAAGAGACGGGAUCGUGAAGACAGGGACGAGGAUGGAGGCCAGAGUCGAGAGAAAGACCGGGCCCGGGAGCGAGAGAAGGAUAGAGAACGUAGCCAUCGGACCGAUGACGGUCGACGAGACGAGCGACAUAGACAUGAAGGCCGACGGGAGCGCGCGGAUAGCGAUGACGAGCAUCGCCGCAGUAAGGACAAGGAGCGACGCCGACGGCAUGACCGAGAGUCUGAAGAAGCGUCGAGUAAAGGUUAUGACCGCGACCGAGAUCGGGAUCGGGACCGAGACCAUCGGUCUCAUCGCCAUGGAGAGCGUGAACGGCACGGACAUCGUCACCGAGAGUCCGAGCGGCGGAGAUGA